GAACGGCGACCCGGAUGAUAGUCAUUUAGCCUGCCUGCAGCACUGCCACCUCCUCUCUUUCUCGAUCGAGUCUCGGCAUCGCACCACCUCUCCCUACACCAUAAUUUUCUCUUUCUUUUCCCUUGAUUUUCUAAGAUCUGCACCUACACCAAAACCCACUCCUCAAAAACCCUAACCCCCAAAACAACAAGCAAUCACCGAUUUCAGGAUUUCGCUGUAAACCCCUCAAAACCCUAAAUUUUAGGCUGUGGUUGGGAAUCCGGCUCGUUGUAAAUCGAGUUCCGAGAUCAAGCGGGGUUUCUUGAGCGUUUCUUCCUCGGAACUGCAUCGGUGCGUGUUCUGCUUUUCAGCAGUUGGAAAUGUCGACGAGGAGGAGAAUAGGGGAGGAGAGGCUGUAUUACAGUCCUCCGGCGAUGAGGAAGAACAAUCAGCAGCAGCAGGAGCAAUUGAAGGCCAAGUCUUCUACUUCAUCGGUAAGCGAGAGAAGAGGAUCCGCAUCGGGUUCGUAUUUGGAUCGGUUCUUGGAUCACACCACUCCGGUUGUAGCAGCUCAGCGUUUUCCUCGGACAAGUAUAAGGUCUUGGCAAAAUCGUGGUAAAGAGGUACAGCCUUUCUUCAUUCUAGGAGAUCUUUGGGAAUCUUUUAGAGAGUGGAGUGUAUACGGAGUUGGCGUACCCCUGCCUUGGAAUGGCUGUGAUUCAGUUGUCCAGUAUUAUGUACCAUCUCUGUCUGGUAUUCAACUCUAUGUAGAUCCCACCAGACAUGCCAUGGACCAAAGGAGAGCUGGUGAAGAGAGUGAUGCUACUAAUUCAUCUAGAGAGACAUGUAGUGAUAGUGAUAGCGAAUAUGGAGGUGAUAGAUGGACCAAUUCUGUUCAGGGAUCCUGGAACCAAAAGAACACAAUUGGGAAAGCACAUAGCAGAUUACAAGGAAGAAACAACGUAUCUAUGGGAUCUUCAGUUGAUGGGGAUGACAUUGCUAACCCCCCUGGUCGGCUUGUGUUUGAGUAUUUUGAGAGGGAGCUUCCUUUCCACCGGGAACCCUUGGCAGACAAGAUGUCAUCACUCGCAGCUCGAUUUCCUGAGUUAAAGUCUUACAGGAGCUGUGAUCUGACACCAUCAAGCUGGAUUUCUGUUGCUUGGUACCCUAUAUACAGGAUCCCUGUUGGCCCGACUCUGCAAAAUGUUGAUGCGUGUUUCUUGACCUUUCAUUCCCUUUCAAAACCUGUUAAAAGUGGUGAAGGCAUGAUGCAUGAUGUUGGUGGUAAGCUCUUGCUACCGUCUUUUGGACUUGUAUCGUACAAGUUCAAAGUGUCUGAUUGGAAUGGGAAUGGAGUUAAUGAGGGUCAGAAGGCCAACUCCCUACUGCAUGCCGCAGACAACUGGCUUCGACUGCUACAUGUUAAUCACCCUGACUACAACUUUUUCACAUCCCACAACACAUACCAUCGGAGAUAGACAGGUCGAUGGAGUAAAAAGAAGCGACUUUGUAUGGCUUAUCAGUGUAAGCAAGCAACUAUGCACCCUGCUAUUGCUUAAUAGUUGAGCUGUAAAGGUCCUAAUCAUCCCAAACCCUGCUACCAUUUGGUAAUAUAGUAUAGGUUUGCAUGUUGUGAUAUGGUUGUUUGGUGGGCUAUUAGUUUUUGUAAAGCUCUUACUCUUUCCUUUGUUGUUUUCUCUCUCUCUCUCUCAAUCUCUCUCACAAUGAGUUGAUUAUGUUGAAUUACACCUUACUACCAUCACCCACCACCCUUGCUCUUCCUGCUGAUCGACUCUAUGUAUAUCUUCUAUCUUUACACUGGAAUAUAUUUUACUAACAUGUUUUGCUUGCUA